CCAUUUAACUAGUCAGUCGUCAGUCAAUCCACUCCUCUCUCACGCCAAGAUCCAAACAUUCCGACCAGCCAACCACCGGCGCCGCCGUGCGGCUUCGUUCCACGCCGGCCCUCUCUCGACGACGUUGCCCGGAGACCUCCGCCGCUGCUGCCUCCUAUACGGCCCGGCGAUUUCAUCGACGCUGCCCAAGUUUCGUUCUCAGGUGUUUGCCAAAGAAUGGAGACUGCCGGAAGGGACUGGUCGGAGCUGCCCCUUGACGCUCUCAUGCUGGUCUUCGCGAGGCUCGGCCCUGUCGAGAUCCUAAUGGGUUCAGGCCUCGUGUGCCGCUCAUGGCUGCAGGCAGCGAAGGAGCCUGAGCUGUGGAGAUCCGUGGACAUGGCGAACCACAGGGUGGUGGAGGAGAUGAAGGGAGACGUCCUGUGUGCGAUGGCGAAGCUGGCCGUUGACCGCUCCAUGGGGCAGCUGGAGGUGUUCUUGGGGAAGUAUUUUGUCACUGACGAGCUUCUCAAGUAUGUAGGGGCCAGGUCAGCAUCUCUGAAGAUCCUUAGCCUUACAUCAUGCCACGAGGUCUCUAACAAAGGAUUCACCGAACUGGUUACGAAAUCACCUCUGCUAGAGGACCUCUCACUUGAGCUCUGUCCAAAGGUCGGCGGUCGCAACGUGUACGAGUCUACUGGCAAAGCAUGCCGCCAGCUGAAGCGUUUCAGCCUGCGCAGAGAGUGCUUUAGGUUCUCCUUGAACUACCCUCGGCGUGUCGCAGAAGCGCUCGGAAUCGCAGCGACGAUGUCCGAGCUGCGAAGCCUCAGCCUCAUCAGCAGCAACAUCACCAAUGAAGAGCUGGUAGCCAUCGUCGAUGGCUGCCCCCGCCUGGAAAUUCUCUGCUUGCGUGAUUGCUACAAAGUCAUAGCUGACGACCCCCUGAGGGCCAAGUGUGACAGGAUCAAGACACUGACGCUUCCUGAAUAUGACCGCUAGCUAGUGAUCUCCACUAUGUCGUCGCGGAUUAUUACCAUGGUUUGACUGGAGUUAGUACUGUUUAUACAAGUUGUUGUGACCCUUGUCAAGGCUAAUACUGCAUUACAUUUUGUUUGCUAGUAGUACUGCAUUUCAUUUUGUACAUUGUUUGCUGACAACCUGGUAGUAUUUGACCAUUGCAAAGAAAAAAA